AUGGAGACCCGUCCGUUCAAAAUAUUAAGUUAUAAGGAUCCAGAAACAUUGAGUGAUGAUUGUGCUAGUGAGGACUCAUCUCCCGAGGAGGAAUCACAGCUUAUAGACCCUUGUGUCAAGUUGAAGCUUCCAGCACAUAUUGCCGCAUAUUAUGAGAAGAAGGAGUUGAUUAGAGAUGCUGAGAUAAUAUCUUGUGACAAAAGUUUGGUUGAGAAGGUGAUGUCCAACUAUAUAAUUGCAAAGAAUAUACUCAGUAAUCUAUGUUGGCAGGAUAAGUUGUUGUGCAAACAUGUGUGCUCCACUUGGAGAUCUGCUGUAAAUUCACUUGUACGUGAGCAGCUGUCACCUGUAGACUUUCUGUACAUCUUGGUGCAUAAUCCUACACCUCAAACUAACACAUUCAGGAAGUCUGACAAUUUCUAUAAUGAACCACUAGCAAUUCUGACAUUUAUGAACACUCUAGCACUAAACACAGCUGUUGAAUGUAAAGAUGUAUCACCUAGUAUGUGUGAGACACCUUGUGAAGAUAAAUGGCAUUGUAUGAUAGAUGUUAUCUCAGAACAUGUGUCUGUUCCGAAGAAUUGUAUGUUGUCUGUGGUGUCCAGUUCUCUAACGUGUAUGCCAGUGGCAAAUACAGAGACAGACGGGUUCCCCGUGUCUCCCAGUAUUCACGGGGAUUGUUUCCCAUUCUACGCUGGUAUCUACAUUCCCGUACUACCCGGGGUACAGUACCAUGUACUGAACAUCAAACAGAGAGAGCAUAAUACAAUGGAUUUGCAGACAGAUUUCUAUGAUGUUAUUGACAAGCUGUGUGAAGACCAAAUAUUUAAAGGAGUGCUGGUUUUUGUAACAGAGAAAUAUAUUUUGCAAUCUGUGGAAGAUAUAAUGUUGCUCAAUUAUUUGAAGGAAGUACAACCAGAAAUCCCUUAUGCUUUGGGUGGCUGCCUUAUUGAAGAAACUAUGUUUGGAGAGAGAGAUAUAGAGACACUGAUUAAAAAUAUCAACAGUAAAUUUGACUUUGUCAGUGAAAAUCUUAUAUCUAUCGGAUUGUUUACUGUUCCAAAGAAUAAAGACAAUAAUGAGAGGGGCGAAACUUGCAACUUUGAUAUGUUUUCGUUAGUGAUAGAGUCAUCUGAGUGGUCAAAGCAAAAGAUAGAGAAAGCUAUAAACGAGUUCGCAAAGAAAGUCCCGACUUUCGAGCACAGUGUGGCUCUGAAGUUGGCGUGUGUCGGUCGCGAUAGGAAGCAUAUAUUAGAACAGGAUUACUUCAGGGCAGCGUUCCCUCAUACGCCCCUGGUCGGUUGCUUUGGCAACGGCGAGCUGGGGGUCAACCACCCGCCGCGCGACCUUCCCCCUGUACCCCCUCACAUCGCCAAGAAACGCAAACAUGAACCUGCAAAAAGCCUCAUGUACUCAUACUCAACAGUCUUUGUCUACAUGGGAUGGGGGAGGAUGAUACCGCCAGAAACUGAGGGUUUUAAAAAGGCUACACAAUCAUAAACAUAAACAAAAAUCUAAUAGUUAUAAUUCAAUUUAAUAGAAUAUUGUGCACCACACAUCUAUAUUCAGGAUUAAGGAAAAGUAGUUUGAGUUGGUCACGUCAGAGCGGAAGGCAAGAGGGAAACCACUGCUCUAUUUUUUCCCUAGAAAAGUCGCAAGAGCGUGGCUCUUAAAUUAGUGAUGAUGAGGUACUACUGAUUGAUUAAAACCUGGAGUUUUGUUUUAGGGACUUAGUUAUAUUUCACUUUCUCAUAGUCGUAUAGCACUUGCUUUUACAGAUCUUCUCAUGAAAGCUAAGUGACUUAAAUGGAUCGUUAUGCUUUAGAUGCGAUUUAGUAUAAUAUUCACUAAUAGAGUUUUCCUGGCCAUUCUUCUUUAGACCAUUUUGUGUUCAGAUGGGUCCUUACCCACCAACUCGGAAAGUAACAAGGAACACUAUUCUAAGGCCUCGUAAUUUUAAAUAUAGGGGUACACAUUUGUAACGUUUUUUAAGAAAUAACUGGGAAAGUUGUUACCUAAAAGUACACAAUACGUAUUUAUCCAAUAAGAUUAAAAUGUGUGAUUUAACCACUUUAUUAGAUGUUAAGUUAUCUAAUAUAUUUUUAGAAAGCACUA